AUGGAAGUAUCACAAGCACAAAAUUCGAAGGAAAGCAAUGCUACUAUUUUGUUGAUGGGUUUAAGACGUAGUGGAAAGUCUUCAAUAUGUAAAGUUGUAUUUCAUAAUAUGCAGCCUUUGGAUACCCUCUAUCUAGAAAGUACUUCUAAGCCUACUACUGAACAGUUUUCUUCUUUAAUAGACUUAUCGGUUAUGGAGUUGCCGGGACAAUUGAACUAUUUUGAACCAAAUUAUGAUUCUGAAAGGUUAUUUUCUAGUGUUGGAGCUCUAGUUUACGUGAUAGACUCACAAGACGAGUAUUUGAACGCAUUAACAAACUUGUCCAUGAUCAUAGAAUAUGCCUACAAGGUGAAUCCUAAAAUAAAUAUCGAAGUCUUGAUUCAUAAGAUAGAUGGCUUGUCGGAGGAUUACAGGAUUGACGCACAGAGGGACAUAAUGCAAAGAACUGGAGAUGAGUUACUAGACUUGGGUCUAGAGGGAGUGCAGGUAUCGUUUUACUUGACGUCUAUAUUUGAUCAUUCUAUAUAUGAAGCUUUCUCCAGAAUUGUGCAAAAACUCAUCCCUGAGUUGCCAUCAUUAGAAAACAUGCUAGACAACUUAGUUCAACACUCAUCGAUAGAUAAAGUGUUUUUGUUUGAUAUUAAUUCAAAGGUGUACGUUGCAACUGACUCGUCGCCUGUGGAUAUACAAACCUACGAAGUCUGUGCCGAAUUUGUUGACAUUACUAUUGACUUGGAUGAGCUUUACAUUGAGCACGACAAAUCUCCCGAGCAACCAAACCCGAAAGAAUUAAGAUCCAUAAGCCACUUAUCCAAUGAAUCUGUCUUAUACUUAAAGCAAAUGAUAAGGGGACUUGCUUUGGUUGCGUUAAUAAGGAAUGAUCAAGACGAUGCCACUUCAGAAAAAUCUUUGACCGUUAUAGAUUACAACGUCAGCCUCUUUAAACAAGCACUAAUGAAAAUGUGGGAAAGCUCGAGAAUCAAGAUGCAAGAUAAUGGGGAAUCAUAA